AUGAGCCGAUUCAACAAGGCGGCGCUUGAAAUCCGAGACCUGAACCCUGCUGUAGCUCUGCACAACCUUACCACCGCCUUGAAACCAGGGCCUUUCGCCAACAACAUUUGUAAGAAACCCCCUACUAACAUAGAUGACUUGCGUCGGCGAGCCGACAAAUACAUGCAGAUGGAAGAAUUGGCUGAGUUCCGGAACCAAGCCCGAGCGGAGGUGUCGGCAAAACCUGACAAGCCGGCCAAGACUAAUUUCCGGAGUCGUCCGAAAGAGUUGAUUCCUCGCGAGAAGCCUCCUCGCGGGCCGAGAUACUCACAAUAUACGCCACUCAAUACAAGCAGAUCGGCCGUCCUAGAGCAAGCACUUGCCUCAGAGGUGCUAGCAGUCCCAAAACGAGCUUCGACCCCUCCCAGGGCUGAUACAACAAAGUCUUGCAGGUACCAUCGUAAUCGGGGGUAUUCCACAGAGGAAUGCGCGGCUUUGAAAGACAAAAUUGAAGACUUAAUCAAACAGGGACAACUGCAAGGCUUCAUAGACCGUCCGACCUCAUCCCAACACGCCGACCGGUCUUGGCGGCAUGAUCAGCCCGAGCAGAGGAGAACGGGAACACACUCAUACAGGGAACGUAGUCGGUCGAGAGAUAGGCGAGAGGAAGAGCCUUCGGCGCAACCUCAGCGAGUCAUCAACACCAUAGCCAGUGGAUUCGCUGGCGGGGGCUCAUCCUCAUCGGCCCAACGAAGACACCUGCGAGCCGUUCGGCACGUGCAUGCAGUGGAAAUAGCUUGUCGCCGCCUUCCCACCAUCACUUUCACCGAGGCCGACUUCAAAGGCAUCGACCCAGACCAAGAUGUUCAAAUGGUAAUCAGUGUUGAAAUUCACAACUGUAUUGUACGUAAAACAUUGGUUGAUCAGGGAAGUUCAGCCGACAUCCUGUAUUGGAACACGUUCAAGCAGUUGGGUAUUCCAAAAUCUGAGCUAGUUCCUUAUGAUGAACCUCUGGUUGGGUUCUCAGGCAAACGAGUCAAGACAAAGGGAUAUAUCAAGCUGUCAACCCGGUUUGGGUUUGAAGGAGCUGAAUAUCGUGACAUCUCAGUCAAAUAUGUGGUAGUUCAUGCCAGCACAUCUUAUAAUAUUCAGCUCGACUAG